AUGGCAUUGCAUCACGCACGCCCGAGGGGCGAAGAGGAAAGCCACCAUUACCCACCGUUGCUGCAGCAGGUGCGCAACAAUGCGCUCAAAUUCAGUCAUUGCGUGUUGUUGACGAGAGUGGGUGGAUUCUACGAAUUGUACUUCGAGCAAGCCGACGAGUUUGCACCCCUCUUGAACAUCAAGAAAACAAAAAGAAAGACUUCUAAAGGAAGUAAGAAACCGGCUGUUUCAAUGGCCGGGUUUCCUGCCUACCAACUGGAGCGCUACCUCAAGGUCUUAGUACAAGACCUAGGCAAGCAUGUCGCAAUAUGUGACGAGUUCCUCAACGAUGCACCCACCAAAGCCAAAGGUGAGCCUCAGUACACGAGGCGUGUUUCUCGAAUUGUAACUCCUGGAACGCUUAUCGACGAGCAUUUCAUGGAUCCGUGGGAGAACAACUACCUGUUGAGCAUUCAUGUCAGCCCGGAGGCCUUGAAAGAGAAGACCGUGAAGGUCAGUCCUGGAAGCUCCAAGGUUUCCUCGGUACUCAAUCUACCCCGUACUGAAGUCGGGCUUGCGUGGAUCGACUUAUCGAGUGGGGACUUUGUCACUCAAAGCACAGACAUUGCUUCUCUUCCUUCUGCAGUUGCGCGUAUAAGGCCCCGCGAGAUCCUCCUAGAUUAUGUCUUUGCAGAGGAACAAAACUCACAGAUAGUAUCGAUUUUGAAGGAGGAUGGCCACAUGAUCACCUUCCAAGAGUCUACUGCGCAACCUCUGAGCGUUGCUGAUUGGAUACCAAUGAUGGAAGACGUAGUCGAAGACUUCGAUUCCGCAAACUUCAGUGCCGCGGAAGUAGCUGCAGGAGGGUCUUUACUUCAUUAUGUUAAGCAUCAACUGCUUGGUGCAAGGACACGGUUGCAAGCUCCAGUCCGACAUCAAGCGGAGGAUCACAUGAGUAUUGACAAGAACAGCUUGAGAGCUCUCGAGAUCAGAAGCACAAUACGCGAUGGCUCGCAUCAAGGUAGCUUGUUGCAUUCACUCAAAGAGACAGUGACGAAGAGCGGCACCCGACUUCUGACCCAACGACUAUCGGCUCCCUCAAUGUCUCUAUCCACGAUCAACGAGAGAUUGGAUCUCGUCGAGGAAAUGAUUGAUUAUCCUCAGCUUCGACAAGAUGUGAUGACAUUGCUCGGGCAGACGUUCGAUUCACUUCGCCUCGUGACCAAGUUCACCGUUGGUCGCGGUGACGCUGACGAUCUCAUGGAGCUGUCGAAGACUGUAACGACCACAGCCGACAUUGCCAAGAUGCUGCAGGAGCACAUUGCAUCAAGAAAUUCGAUUUUGAUUGAUCCGGAAGACCAAACUGUGGAAACGCGAAGAAGACAAUGUAUUCCAGCAUUGCUAAAUCGCUUCGACCUGACACAGCCUCUCGAAUUGGCGGAGCGUAUCCAGGAUACCAUUGACGAGGAAGGACUGUCAGAAUAUCACCGAAUUGAGCAAGAUCAGGCCGCCGAAGUAGAGGAGCUUGCCCAAGAUGUCCUGGGGCGAGAAGCUGGUGAAGAAGACCUGAAAGAAAUGCCCAAACGCAUCCAGCCCAGACCGCACAUGAUCGCGCCAAGCUUCAAAAGCGCAACGGAUGGUCGCGAUGACAUUUGGAUAAUGAAGAGAAAGGCCAGCAAGGCUCUGGCGAGAUUGCACAGCAACCUAGACGAACUGGUCUUACGUAAGGACAUGCUGGAACGAGAAUUGCGCGUGGAAAUGGGCGCGACGAGUCUUUGCCUCAAAUGGACACCUAACCUGGCGCACAUUGCACACGUCAGAGGCAAAGAUGUCAGCCGUGUUAUUGCGCAAUACCCCAGAAGUUUGAGCAGCAGCAAAUCUACCCGAUCCUUCCAAGUGCCAGAAUGGACACGACUAGGUACUCAGAUGGACGAAACCCGGUUCCGUAUUCGUAACGAGGAACAGCGCGUUCUGAGCGAGCUUCGCGAGGGUGUGGUACGUAAUCUGGUCAAGCUGCGACGAAAUGCAGCCGUACUUGAUGAGCUUGAUGUAGCCUGCGCCUUUGCCAUAUUAGCAGUCGACAAGAAUCUCGUUCGUCCGGUACUUAAUGCUGGCACUGCCCAUCAUGUCGUUGGUGGUCGUCAUCCGGUUGUUGAAGCUGGACUGGGCGAACAGGGACGGAAGUUUGCACCAAACGAUUGUCUACUUGGCUGGGAUGAGCGAAUAUGGCUCAUUACAGGACCAAACAUGGCCGGGAAGAGUACGUAUCUACGGCAGAACGCAUUGAUUUCAAUCCUUGCUCAAACAGGGUCCUUUGUGCCUGCAGAGUAUGCUGAAGUUGGGCUUGUGGACAAGAUCUUCAGUCGUGUGGGCUCUGCCGACAACUUAUACCAAGACCAAUCCACUUUCAUGGUGGAGAUGCUCGAAACGGCACAGAUUCUUAAGGAAGCCACACCCCGCUCCUUCGUCAUUAUGGACGAAGUUGGUAGGGGAACGACGCCUGAGGAUGGUAUCGCCGUAGGUUACGCCUGCCUUCACCACCUCUACCACAUCAACCAGUCUCGGACACUGUUCGCCACCCACUUCCACGCGCUUACCGAUAUGACGAAGGACUUCGAGAAGCUGGGCUGCUAUUGUAAUGAUGUGGCCGAAGAGGCAGAUGGGAGAUUUUCUUAUGUGCAUCGACUACGGAAGGGAGUAAACCGACAAAGCCAUGCUUUGAAGGUUGCCAGAGUUGCAGGCAUACCUGAAGAGGCAAUCUCGAUCGCGGCGCAAGUGCUGCAAACACUAAAGCCCCAACUCACGAAGGCUGAGGCAGGAGCGGACGAACAAACCGCGCUACGACAAGCUGCAACAGCGUAG